AGUUGCGUAACAUCCUUGCGGGCCAAUCUGCGGCUCUGACUCGGACAGUGGGGGGAAGGCCCGCCCCCUGCUAUCGAACCGGAGCGCGCCUGGAGAAGAACCGAGCAGCUAAGAACCCGUCCGAGGCUCUCCGGCAGCAGAAACAUGGAUACAGAGCUGUUUAUGGAGUGUGAGGAGGAGGAGCUGGAGCCAUGGCAACAGGUGGACGACAGCGUGGAAGAAGACGAGAUGGACUUUAUGGACAACUACGGCGAGCCAGUGGAGGAUUUGCCGUCUCCUCUUCCUGCCUCUGACACUCCGACCCCCAGGACUCCUCCACCCAUCACACCUGCUCCAACAGCCUCCCCUCCUGUGCAGAUCAUCUCGUCCUCUGUAGCUCCUCGUCUUCCCUCCAUCAUCACUUCCUCCACCACCCGCCUCCGUGCCGCCUCCUCACCUGCUGUCUCGGCUCCGCCCCUGGUGGCUCAGGCUCCGCCCCUCAUCCUGACGCAGACGACAGGUGGAACGUUUCUCCUCCCAGCAGCCCCUGGAACCGGCAAUGCCCAACCCAUCCUCCUGACCACACAGGGCUUCCCGGUGAUGAACUCCGGCACUCCUCUGCUGCUGAACCUACAGGGUCAGACGGUGCAGCCGCUCACUCUGAUCCAGUCGCCAUCACUCGGUCAGCUGGUCCGGCCUAGUGUAGGGGUGUCCCCCGUCCUCUCCCAGGGUCAGACCAUCCAGACCCGACCGACCGCCAUGCAGCUGCCCGCCACGCUGACCAUCCGAACCGGCACGCAAGGACCUGUUAACCUCCAGGUGACGCAGGUGGGCAGAGCCAGCACCCUGAAGCUCGCAGGUGCCCCAGCCCUCCCCUCUGGUUCUGCCAAUGGAGUCACCAGAGUCACCACAUUCAGCAGCGCUCCUGGCUCCACCCCCUCCGUCAUCAUGACGCCCACUGUGACCUUGGCACCGACCUCCAACUCUCCAAGGGUGGUGAUGAGCGUGGAGGAGUUCUACUACGGAACCUACAAAGGCGACCUGAGUCUGAGGAAGCCCCUCCCACUGGGCAUCAAAACCUCCACCUUCACCUGCCAGAUCUGCAUGCACCUGGCAGAGAACAACCUGAGGUUGAUGCAGCACAUGCUGCAGCACUCGGAGCUGCUUAGUGGAGGAGGAGACGAUGAGAGGAAGUGCUGCAGGUACUGUUACCGACAGUUCUCGUCUCCAGCUCAACUGCAGAGCCACCAGGAGCAGGUGCAUGGCCCCACCCUCUCCUCCUGUAUGUGCCGUAUUUGUGAAUGGGCGUUUGAGAACGAGCCGGCCUUCUUGAACCACAUGAAGUCAAACCACAAACCGGGGGAGAUGCCGUACGUCUGCCAGGUGUGUUCGUAUCGCUCGUCCUUCUACUCGGACGUCCUGCAGCACUUCGCUAGCUUCCACAGAGAGUCUCGCUUCCUGCUGUGUGUGUUCUGUCUGAAGGUGACCAGAAACCCAGUCAGCUACCAACAGCACCUGCUCCGACACCAGAUAAACCAGGCCUUCCACUGCAACCGCUGUCGGCUUCAGUUCAUCUUCCUGAAAGACAAAAUGCAGCAUAAAUUGGAGAGCCAUCGCAGCUUCCGCCGACCUGCUCAGCUGGAGGGACUGCCGCCAGGGUCAAAGGUGACCAUCCGGACGUAUGGGAAGAUCCGGCCAAUAAUGACAUCAGCAGGGAGCCGUCUCCUCCAGAACCCCGUCUCCAUCAUCCAGCCAAUCAACAUCAAGACAGAGGUGCAGAGGUCGCCAAUCCAGAGGAGCCACGUGAUCUCCAAAUCACCACGAUUCCCACACAAGAGACCAAUCAGCCGCACCCGAGUCCACGUCAACAGGUCAGGUGAUUCAGACCAGGCGGUGUGCUUAGAGUGUGGAACCGAGGCGUCGGACUUCUCGGCCCACUAUCCGACCCACGUCCACUGCCUGCUGUGUCCCUACAGCAGCUGCUGCUCCAGAGCCUACGCUGCCCACAUGAUCCACCACCACGUUCCACGAUCAAAAGACAAAGUGCUGCCCCUGCACAGACUGCCCCCUCCCUGUGUGUUCCUGCUGCGAUGUUCUCAGUGUGACUUCAGACCUCAGACUGCUGAUCAGAUGGCCGAUCACCUGCUAGAAAACCCGGAUCACCACAGCGCCACCUGCUACCCCCGGACCUACACCGAAUUGGACAUUCAAUUCUGCCACAAUGAAGAGCUGAGUUCUGCAAAGGAUAAGGAACCCGAGCAGGACCUGGACAUACCUGACGACUCCUGGAGGUCAGCAGACUGUUGGAAACAGUCAGUAGAGAGCAACAAAUCCUCCAUCCUGCCCUUCACGGAAACCAGCGGUCCAAACCACUGGCUAUCUAGGAACAGCGAUGCCAUAGACUUCUUCAACCUGCUCUUCCCGGCGGCGCUCAUUGAGCUUAUCACCAAGGAGACCAACUCCCAUGCUAAAACCUGCCAGUUCCUGGACGCCAGCUAUCCAGACUGGGUCCCUGUCACCACCCAUGAAGUCAAACGCUUCAUCGGCCUAGUGAUCCUGAUGGGGAUCCAGAACCUGCCUGACCCGUCGCACUACUGGUCCUGGAAUCACUAUGACAACAGCUGCACCUUCUACCGUGCCAUGAGCUUCAAGCGCUUCAAGCAGAUCGCCACCAACAUCCGCAUGGGAAGCUUCGCCACCAGCGAGUACUGUGGCACGGGCAACCCUGGUGACUCGCUGCACAUCUUCAGGCCGAUGCUGGACAUCAUGAGCGAAGCCAUGUGGAACACCUACCAGCCGAACUGCUGCCUGACCAUUGACCGAGCGCUGCUGCCCAGCCUGGAGGAGGAGAGUUCCCACCUGAAGGGAAACCCAAAAAUGCAGCCUCAGGUGUGGCUGCUCUGUGAUUCCAAGUCUGGCUACUGCCACCGCUUCUUCAUCCAGGUGGGGCAGAAGGCGGGACAGGAGGUGGGCGUCACAGUGGUGCCAGAGCUGGUGAAGGGUCUGGAGGGCAAACACCACCAGCUCUACCUGGCCAGUUCGCUCACGUCAAUCCCACUCAUGCAGAAGCUCCUAGAUCAGAACAUUUAUGCUUCCAGCUCCUUCCCUCCACCUAAUCCCAUCCUGCCCCGGGAGCUGUGGGAUGAAGGCCAGCUUGAGAAGCCUGGAGACUUCCUGCAGAGGCAGUGUGGCCCCCUGUUGGCCACUCGCUGGAGGGACACCAAGGAGAUGGGCUGUCUUUCGACGAACGCAGCGCCAGGUGAAGCCGACACUGUUUGGAGGCGGUCUCAGACCAAAGUGGGUGGGCUGGACCCCAUUGACCGCCCAAUGGCCUUCCGCCUCCUGCAGGAGAACAUGCGAGGUGUCGACAUCUGCAAGCAGCUGCUGGCCUGCAACCCACUGGGAGGAAUCCCACAGGAUCGACACUGGCGCAGCCUCUUCUGGUUCCUGGUCAACCUGAGCAUCGUCAAUGCUUUCAUCAUGCUGCGGGAGAGCCGCAAGGAGAACCCACCCGCCUGGGUGCAGGAUGGCCUUUUCACUCAGGUCAACUUCCGCAAGCGUCUGGGCAACCAACUUGUCAAGUGCUCCCAGAAAUACUUAGAAACCAUGGAGAUUGCCAGCAACCGGAGCACAAGGACGGAGACGCUGGGUGACCCCAUCAAAGAGAGACACAGAAUGGCAAAGAUUAGCAGCAUCUCCAAGAGGUGCAAGAACUGCAACACGAAGAGCGUCCGUCACGAGAGUGUGUAUGGCUGCAUCAUCUGCAAGGCCAACCUGUGCAAACAGCCUAGCUGCUUCUGGGAAUUUCACGGCCUGUCGCCUCUCAACAAAGGACCAACAAAAGUCGGAUUUCUCAAGGAUAGACUAAGUGGUGCAGUUGAGGUGGAUGAGGUCGACAGCGUGGACCAGACGAUGGCUCCUGUAGAGGAGUUUUCCGAUGAUGAGAAACUGGAUGAUAUGGACGACAUUGAAGAAAGUGACGCUAUUAAAGAAGAAUUUAUCCAAGAAGGGAGAAGUCUGGAGUCUCACUUGCCAUCGACAACAAACACCCAUGCCCAACCAGCUGCUAUCUUACCCGGGUCUAAAGAGCGGGAGGAUUUCCUGAGCGCCCGGCAGCUGAGGAUCGCCCUGUUUGCUUUGUGCGAUGGACUCCGUCAGGCCUCAAGGGUGUUUUCCACUGAGACACAGCAGAUCCGGUCAUGGCUGAAGGAGGCCAGGAACCGUCUUAAACAAACCGUGCAGGAAGUCCACAGUGACGGCGAGGAUCGCAUGGUGGCAUGGGUACUGUCCAUGAGGGAGCAGCAGCUUCCAAUUACAGAAAGCAACCUCUUCCGCAAAGUGUCAAUGCUGAAAAAGAAGAGAGGCUUCGGCGACAACUUCCGCAUUUCGUACAUCUGGGCGGUGAGCUUCCUGCUGCAGAGGCGGCUCGGUGUGAGGACCGCUGGCAGGGCUGCGUCUCUGGGUCGCAUCCUGCCUUCAUCUCUGGACACCAAGGUCUUGUCCUUCAGACAGUUUACACAGAAGGUCUUCUGUGGCCACAAACUCACAGAAAGCUCUGUGGCUACGAUGGAUGAACUGUGCCUCUUUGUGGACGUGAGAUUAGCUCAGGACAAGUCCCGAUGCUCAGAGGCACUGGAGUUCACUGGGUCUUCACCACUGGUCACUGUGUACCUGUCAGCACUGGCUGACGGCACUAUGCUGCCGUCUCUGGUGCUGGCUAACCACCAGGUAGCCUUAAAAACACUGCAGGAGUUCAUUAUGGUGGAGACGAGCCCGGAGGGACUGCUGGUUGAGGAGGCAUUGGCUCUAUGGACGAACAAGGUUUGGCUACAGAAUCAGUCUGGUUUGGCUCGUAAAUCAAUGCUGGUCCUGGAUCGGCACAGGGAGCACCUGGGAGAUCAGUUCAUCACCGCUGUCAGUGGGUCUGGCACCCUGCCAGCGGUGAUCCCCGGAGGCUGCUCCUUCUGCCUGCAGCCGUUGGAGGUCUGUCUGAAGCCGGUGCUGCAGCGCUACCUGCUGGCACGCUGGUCCAAGUUCACCAAAAGAAAUCCGAAGGAGCUGGACGAGAUGUUACCACGCCAACUUCAAGCUAACGUGGCUCAACUGCUGGUCGACUGGGUGGUUGAGGCCCUGACACACCUGAAUAAACAUCCGCAACUGUUGAAGAAGUCAUUUGACCUGACAGAGCUCCUGCCAAGGUCCAGAGAUGAUGACAAUAAGACAAAGGAGGAUGAAAUGAUGAGUCAGAAACCAGAGGAGGUUCAGUCAGACCUCCUGAAAACUUUAACAGAGAUUCUGCUGGGAGCUGAACAGGUAGAUUCACCAGAUCUGCUGGAACUGGAGGAUGAAGAGGACGAAGAGGAAGGACAGGAGACAACAGAAGAGACAACAGAAGAGGCACAAAAUAAAGAAGAUGGUGGGAAGGAGGAGAAAGAGGAGAACGAGACAAACGACAAGCAGAAGAUGGAGGAGGAAGGGAUGGAAACUAAGAAGGAAGGAAGGACAGAGGACACAGAACAGGAAGUUCAGGAGACAGUGAAGGAUGAGGAAGAUACGAGGAAGAACGGCGAGGAGAAGGAGGACAAGAAGGAGGACAAAGAAAUAGUAGCAGAGGACAGUGAGAAGGACAAGAAGGACAUGAGCAAGGAGAGGCGAGAGACAAGGAUUGUGAUCGGAGAAGACGUUGGAGACGAAUGGAAGAUAACAGUGCAGAACCGAAACGAAGGCAUGGAGGAGGAGAGGAUGGAGGACGGGACAGAGGACAGGAUGGAGGGCAGAAUAGAGGACAGGACAGAGGAUAGGACAGAGGACAGGAUGGAGAACAGGACAGAGAACUGGAUGGAGGAAAGCUGAACUGUUGAUAAGGACAUGAGACUAAACACUGGUUGAGUCUCCCUGUAGUGACUCUGUGAUUUACUGGUUGGACAGUAAACAGGUACAAGUCCAGGUUUGGACCAAGGGGUUCGGUUCAGAUUUAAGGUGAACAGUGGGACAGAAACUGAAAAGGAACCCCGGAUGUAGCCCAAAAUUUAAACAUUCAAACCAGACUGACAGCAGAAGGUCAGAUAUGACCUUGUUGUUUUUAAGUAGCGGCGUAUAGGGGAUGACAGAAAAACUGCAGCUGAUUGGACUUUAAUCAUGUUUUACAGUCUGGAACUUUAAUUUGCCGCAGAUUUUUUUGUUUAGGUGUCAUUAUUUUUGAAAGUUUUUGUAAUAAAAUAGCAGGAACAAAAAGACACAAAUGAUUUUUACACGAACUGAUCAUGCAGUUGGUGUAAUAAAAGCAGUAUUUUUAACUAAGUUUCUCCUGGAUCCAAUCAGGAUCCAGCAACUUUAAAGGGAAUCUGAUCACAGAUGCAGCAUCCAACCAGAUCAGACACCUGUGAUGGAGUUGGAAAAUGACAUAUUUCGUCACCCUUCUGUAACUCCCAGGUCGUGACAAACUCCAGACAAGCCUCCAAUUUGUCAUGUGGUGGCUUUUUUUUUUUUUUGUUAAAUAAACCUCAAAGUCAAAAAGGG